UGUCGCAGUUGAUGACGUAUCGGGCGUUAAUGGCUGACAGGGAGUGAGAGUGAGGGACUGAAGGUGAAGGAGGCAUGAUACAUGUGAAAUUUCAGCUAUAAUUGGAAGGGCCCAAGGGAUCUCUUUCGGACUUAAAGUAAAAAAAGUGGAACCAACGAAAGAGUCGGGAAAAAGUGCUUCGCCUCGCCCGCAGAGGAGCUGGUCCCUCGAUCGAACCAAGUAUCUACGCCAGUUGUGGGAAAGUGACCCAGCCGUAACAAUAUAACGAUCUUCUACCAGAAAGGUUAUCCGGAUUAGAUUUAGUUCGGCAGAGCAUAACGCAAAGCUCAAAAUGCAAGACCUGUGAUCCACGCCUUACACUUAAAGCGCGAUGUCUCUGAUUUUCUCUCGUACCAACACUGCGAUCAGCAAGAAGGACAAGAGACUAAUGGCGGAGGUGAAUGCCUCGCCUCUCAAGCACUUCGUCACCGCCAAGAAGAAAAUCAACGGUAUCUUUGAGCAGCUGGGUGCCUACAUCAAGGAGAGUUCGGCCUUCCUUGAAGAGACAUACAAGAAUGAGGAUUUGGACCCUAUUGCCACAGAGGAGCAGGUGAUGGAGGUGAAAGGUUAUCUGUCCAAGGUUGCAGGGAUCGGCGAGGUUUUGGCCAGGAGACACAUGAAAGUGGCCUUUUUUGGGAGGACGAGCAACGGGAAGAGCUCAGUGAUCAAUGCGAUGCUCUGGGACAAGGUCCUGCCCUCGGGCAUCGGGCACACCACCAACUGCUUCCUGCGAGUGGAGGGCACCGAUGGCAACGACUCCUACCUGCUGACUGAGGGCUCGGAGGAGAGGAAGAGUGUCAAUACGGUGAACCAGCUGGCUCAUGCCCUUCACCAGGACGAACACCUGGACGCGGGCAGUCUGGUGUGUGUCAUGUGGCCCAAGGCCAAGUGCGCCCUGCUGCGUGAUGACCUGGUGCUCGUGGACAGCCCUGGGAUUGAUGUCACCACCGAGCUGGACAGCUGGAUUGACAAGUUCUGCCUGGACGCCGAUGUGUUUGUGUUGGUGGCCAAUUCCGAGUCAACACUGAUGCAGACGGAAAAGCAGUUUUUCCACAAAGUGAAUGAGCGCCUUUCCCGACCAAAUAUCUUCAUACUGAAUAACCGCUGGGACGCCUCGGCCUCUGAGCCCGAGUACAUGGAGGAGGUACGCCAUCAGCACAUGGACCGCUGCACCAGCUUCCUGGUGGACGAGCUGGCCGUGGUGGACCGUGCUCAGGCCAGCGACCGCAUCUUCUUCGUGUCGGCCAAGGAGGUCCUGCAGGCCCGUAUCCAGAAGGCCCAGGGGAUGCCAGAAGGAGGAGGAGCGCUGGCUGAAGGGUUUCAAGCAAGAAUGUUUGAGUUUCAGAACUUUGAGAGGCGGUUUGAGGAGUGCAUCUCCCAGUCUGCAGUGAAGACCAAGUUUGAGCAACACACAGUGAGGGCCAAGCAGAUAUCGGAAACGCUGCGGCAGAUCAUGGAUUCAGUUCACAUCGCUGCACAAGAGCAAAGGGUUCACUGCAUGGAGACCAGAGAAGAGAGACAGGACAGGUUGGAGUUCAUUGAUAAGCAGCUGGAUUUGCUGACCCUGGACUGUAAGAGUAAGAUUAAGCAGAUCACGGAGGAGGUGGAGAGGCAGGUGUCCAACGCGAUGGCUGAAGAGAUCCGGCGUCUGUAUGUGUUGGUGGACGAUUUCCACAUGGAUUUUCACCCUUCCCAAGUGGUUCUUAAGGUUUAUAAGAAUGAGCUCCACAAACACAUCGAGGAGGGCCUGGGUAGGAAUAUGUCAGAGAGGUGCUCCAAUGCCAUCACCACUGCCCUACAGACCACCCAGACGGAGAUGAUUGAGGGCUUGAAGCCCUUGCUGCCAGUCACAGUGCGGGAACAGGUAGACAAACUGGUCCCAAGGCAGUGCUUCAGCCUGAGUUACGACCUCAACUGUGACAAGCUCUGCAGUGACUUCCAGGAAGACGUUGGCUUCCACUUCUCCUUGGGUUGGACCAUGCUGGUCAACCGCUUUCUGGGGCCCAAGAACACCCGCAGAGCACUCCUGGGAUACAACGACCAGGUGCCGCGUCCCUUGGCCAUCACCCCUGUCAGCACCAGCAUGCCCCCCUUUCCUCAGGGCUCCUUGACUCAGGAGGAACUCAUGGUCUCAAUGGUGACCGGACUGGCAUCAUUGACCUCCAGAACAUCAAUGGGCAUUAUUGUUGUAGGAGGAGUGAUUUGGAAAGCGGUGGGCUGGCGGCUGAUCGCUCUGUCCGUGGGGCUGUACGGGCUCCUGUACAUCUACGAGAGGCUUACGUGGACAAACAAGGCCAAGGAACGAGCAUUUAAGCGUCAGUUUGUUGACUAUGCCAGCGAGAAGCUGCAGCUCAUUGUCAGCUACACCGGCUCCAACUGCAGCCACCAAGUCCAGCAGGAGCUGGCGGGCACGUUCGCCCAGCUGUGCCAGCAGGUAGACGUGACUCGCCAGAACCUUGAAGACGAGAUCAAAGAGAUGAACGCGAAGAUCGAGCUGCUGGACUCCCUGCAGAGCAAGGCCAAGCUGCUGCGGAACAAAGCAGGCUGGCUGGACAGCGAGUUGAACAUGUUCACCCAGCAGUACCUGCAGCAGGGUCGAUAGAGCCAAGUGAGAGAGAGAGAGAGCCCAGAGAGAUUCGACUGGAAUAGCUAGGCUUUGUACCAAAAUCUUCGUAAAAUGGGCCAGGAACCUUCACACUGGCCAGAAGGUGGACUGCAAAUGAUUCACUUUCUAGCUUGGACAAUUUAUGAGAUUCGUCUGGUCAUUAAUUUUUGGCAUUUGAUAUUUUUGUUUCAUGCUUUUAUAAGUUGAUAAGUAAGUAAUAUCAAUUACAUGUGUUGCCAUUGGAGAGAGAUAUUUCUUAAGUAACUUGUUUAUUUGCUGGGUCUUUUAAGUAUUGUUUGUAAUUUAUAAUUAAACUGCCUUUUUAAGUAUUGUAGGUGCCACCUUGUGGAUAAAGGUAACUUAAAAGCACUAGAUUAUCCUAUAUAGCCAUGCAUAUUUCGAGUCUAAUGUUUGGUUUUGGAAGUAAUAUUUCUGUUUGUUAUAUGUCUGCACAGUUUGGCUGAAUUCAGUCCUGCUAAAAGAGUGCAUGUCUUGACUGUACAUAAUUAAUUUAAUGUCAGGCCUAAUGGUUGCAAAGCACUAUGCUUUUGAAAAGUCUGAUUAUUUUUGUAGAAUGUGCCUACAAGUCCCAGGUCUUUAGCUGUAAAAAUGUAUUUACAAUCUGUGUGGAAAGUACAAUGUAAUAUUAUCAUAAUUGUUUUCCAUUUAUAUCUGAUUUAUUGAACUUGAAAUGCAAACCAGUGUCCCCCCUCUACAUCCCUUCUGUUCCACAGUGGAGUCCGAGCCUCUUUGUUUAUGCAGUCACCAAGUGAAGCAAAACAAUGUUCUCAUUCUGCCUCACUUCACUACACAGAAAAAGAGAAAAGCUUAUUUCAGUCUGCAUUAAAAUAGCAAAUGAAUUGGUGAACCUAAUAUGAGCCAAGACAAUAAUUUGAGAGAGUAAUAUUUAAAAGGCAGCUGCCGGAAAGGACGUUAAUAAAAACAAGAUGACUCAGACCUUUUUGACUUUUGCAUAGGAUGCACUUAAGCAAACUUAGAAUAUUCUUUAUUUCACAAUGAUAUUUCACAUAUGUUGGUUAAGGUACAUGAUACAUUUUUAUAGUGGUAGUUUAAUUUUAGCUUUUGCACUUCAGAGAUCACAGAAAACAGGCUUUAUUACCAGGAGAGACAGAAUAAAAAAGAAGAUAUAGGUGGGACUUUUCCUGUAGUGCUGAUGAGCCGUGCAGUAAAUUGUGUCCAAGAAGAAAGGGUUUGUGCUUUAUUAAAGAAGUCUCUGAAAUUGUUUUUAUGUGGAAUUGUUAAAGAAAGUUAAGUAUGAAGAAUGGUAACACUUAUUUACGGCUGUAGGAAGACAAGUUGUAUUUUUACUUCAUCGUGUUGAGGGUGCUUAGUUUUACCAGUACAUUCACUGGACUAGCUCCGAUGAAUGGAGUCGCAUUGUGUGAUGUGAUAUCCUUGAUGCUGGUCUGAGAGAAUUAUCUCAAGGGAUUUAUCUUUUGUGAACUGCUUUCAGUUUUAAAAGCAAGGAAAUGUAUGCACCUGGAGGUAUUGAGAGGAGGAACUGGGAAAUGUUUGAAAUAUGGUAGCUCUUAAGAUUUGUAGAACACUUGACAAAGGUAUCGGCACAAUUCUGGCUCUUUUUAAAAUACUCCGAAAGCUGUAUCAAUUUCUACAUUUAGCAGAAGUUUUUUUUCAGUCAGAGAGACGGAUCCCAAGAAGACAUUCAAGCAGGUGUCUUUAUUUCUUUAUAUUUUCUUUCAUUUGACACUGGAGUGUGGUUGGUGCCAACUGAUUUGAGUGACUCCGAAGAAAGCUUCAGGAGCACAAAAUGCACUUUAUGUUUUGCUGCUUGAUUUAAACAAUUUCCUUGUAAUUGUAUCUUAUUUUAUGUUUUUUUUGUAUUCUUGUAUCCGAUGCCGCAUUCUUUCUUGAGUGACCAAGCUAGGUAAAGUAAAUUAUUUACUACCUAAGGAGUGUUAAGGUACAGUGUGGUCUUUCUUAUGGUAGAUGUGCAUGCAGUGGCUGUAGUACUCCUUUGCAGUUCUAAUUGUAAAAGGAACAUCUAAUAAAAAUAAGCACGAUUACUUUGUA